AACCGGUUGGGCCGCGUCCGGCUCUAUAUAAAACUUUAUAAACACCCGAUUCAAAUUAGUGGGGUCGCGAGCGACACGAGCGAGCCCAACCACUGGAUCUUCCCCCCUACUGGCGCUUUUUCUUCUUGCCUCCCUCAUUCCUUCCUUCUUGCGCGGGUUUUCUCCCCUCCCCCGUGACCGGCCGAGUUUCUUCCUCGCCUGCAACCCGUGCCUUUUCAUUUCUUCCUCUGUCGCCUCAGCUGCGCGUUGCCUUUUUUUCCUCCCUUUUUUUUUUUAAAUCACAGGUCGCAGACAUGCCCAAGAGAAAGGCUGAAGGAGAUACCAAGGGUGAUAAGGCCAAAGUAAAGGAUGAGCCACAGCGGAGAUCGGCAAGGUUAUCUGCUAAACCUGCUCCCCCAAAGCCAGAAACUAAACCUAAAAAGGCAGCUCCAAAGAAGAGUGAGAAGGUACCUAAGGGAAAGAAGGGGAAAGCUGAUGCAGGCAAGGAUGGGAAUAACCCUGCAGAAAAUGGAGAUGCCAAAACAGACCAGGCACAGAAAGCUGAAGGUGCUGGGGAUGCCAAGUGAAUUGUGUGAAUUUUUGAUAACUGUACUUCUGGUGACUGUACAGUUUGAAAUACUAUUUUUUAUCAAGUUUUAUAACAAUGCAGAAUUUUUGUUUUACUUUUUUUUAAAAAGCUGUGUUGUUAGCACACAGAGCGCUUCGUUGUUGUGUUUUGGGGGAGGAGAGGGGACAAAUGUAAUUGACUCUGUUACUUAGAACUUGAGCUUUUAAAGGUCCUUCAUCUUUGCAAGAGGGAUUCUUGGGCACAAGAAAGGGGGGUUUCCUGAUACUGUAAAUCUGUCAUGUUCUCUGAAAUGCCUUUGAGUAAAUAUUGAAGUUCCCUAAUGCCUGUGUCUGAGGAGUCAGUACAUCUUGAAACUGUAGUUAGACUUCCUUUGUUCUCACCAUUGUCACUUGCAUUGCAUUUAUCACUCCUCAGAGAACUUUCUUGAUACCUGCUCUCAAAUCAAAUGCAUUCUGACAGUGUCAGGCAAUCCAGGUUUCUGGUGUUAAAUAGGGAAGGAGGGUGGCUCUAAAAUGAGCCACGGUUUUUUAAUAAUUGUGAAUCUUCAGAUUAAGAAUUCUACAGUUGUGUUUUCCCCUAAAAGUCAGGGUAGGCUUGUGAAAAGUUGUUAAACAACAUACUAAAUGUGAAAGUGUCGCCCUCACUCUAAACUUUCCCUGUUCCAAGUACGAAAUGAAGAUUCUUCAUUGGGUUUUAUAUAGUUAUAUAGUAACUUUACAUUUUGGUAGUCCAAGGAGGAGGGGAGUUGGAACUUGUUGUAAAACAUUGCAGAUUGUAGCCCAUGUCCUGCCUGAAUACCAUUGAUUGUUUUAUGAAAAGUACCUUUAAUAAAGCUGGAUAUUGUUUGGCUUGGA